CGGCGACGCUCAAGCAGCGAUAACUAAUACCUUCUCCCGGACCGGGCUGUGCACAGCCAGUGCGCGCUUCCCGAAUCUCAAUUCACCGGUGCGACCACCUGCGCAGUGCUCACAACACAAAAUGGCUUUCGUCGUAUCCCACGCCCCCUUCCGGAACCCUAUGACCAGACUCGAUGGCUUGCAGCGUCAAUGCGCCGCUGUGGACUCAACAGUAACGAAUUUGUCCAUGAAUUUGCCUUACGCUGGGAAGCCCGACGACCUCGGUGGAAUAGCAGAUUACGUCCUGGGAGAAUGACAGAAGCAACGCUUGAGCCUCGUGCCCUGUGGGCUGUACUUGGAUUUCAGCGUCUCCUCUCGUCCUCCCCGAGUGAGCCCACCCUCUGGUUUCUGCUUCGCUCGCCAUGACUUCCACUGUCUACAUACCUCCAAGCCCCUCGGUAUACUCUCCUCAACCCGCUGCAAUGGUCGUCGAACCAGAAGUAGUCACCGUACAACCGCACGAAGGGAAUCCAAGCCCGGCGCCUUCGUCGUACUUCAAUGCACAGGAUACCUUCACUCCAGAUAUCGAGAUGGCGCGGCGUAAUUAUCUCUCCGGAGAUUCAUGUUCGUCACACACAGCAGUGGAAUCUAAGGGGGAUAUGUCUCCCCCGUCGCCAUGCACCGUAUUUCCAGAUCAGCCCGAGACGGCAUCCCCCGACGGGGAAGUCGUUCCGACCUGUGGCGACUUCAGCACCAUCACUGAAGAUACCAAACCUCCGCGAAUCCCCGUGCGCUAUAGGUCUGGAAACCCGGUAGAUGGGUUUCGGGACAAUAGAUACGAGAAAAGACAUCACUUGACAUCCGAGCCAGAUUGGAAAGCGAAGGAAAUCAGAACCAUCCCAGCUAUGAAUAAAUUCUCUGCACGUGCGUCGACAGUCGGCAGAGGAUGGGUGCCGUAUGUCCAUCCUGAGGGACAACUGUACUUUCGGUUCAAACAAUAUUACACAAAUAGUUGCCUCUACGACGAGGACACUCUACAGGACCUCGAAGAAGCGGUCGAUGUGUUGGACCAAGGGCUCCAGCAGCGCGACGAUCUCCCUGAGAGUUACGACGUGGUCUUGGAGACUCAUGUUGACGACGACAACGACAAGCUGGCAUGCUAUUACAUUGCGGACACGGUCAACGAGGAGGUGAUGUGGGUGGAUGAUCAACCCAUUGACCUCCUGGUGAGGGAUGAGAAUAUCCCGAUCUUGGUCCAUCAGCAUCUCAAAUAUGUUUAUUUGCGCUCCUACUGGGAACAUAUGUAUAUGUUCCCUCACGACAGAAAAUUUCCAAAGGAACGACUACGAGAACUACAGGCCAGGCUAAACUUCUACUCGUUCGACAGAGUGGUGUCCAAGACAUCUUGUGCGCCCUGGGGCGAGGAUGAACUGAGCCGACUCCAGCAUAUCACCCAGCAGAUCCAUAUCCGUGACGAUAGCUCUGUCUCCCCGUGUGAGAUGUUUAUAAUCGCUCGAUUGAAGAUGAUGAUCGCCACCGACGGCAUGCGAAACUACCAUGGGACGAAGUGGGCGCGGAUCGAGUCGAAUCGCAGCGCGCACGUAGAUGUUACGGCGGAGCACUACGCGCCGUCGUGGAUCUUCAAUGUCAUCUCCUGGAUGCUCUUCUGCACGCCGACGCUGUACCUGAAGCGCCUCGACGAGAUCUGGCUGGACAGCAACGUGAAUCAACGGCCGUGGCGCAGGUUCAUAAGCGAGCUCAAGGAUGACUGGGCCGCCUCCAUCACUCCAUCCGCCGUAAUCCUUACCGCCAACGUCGGAUUCCUUGCGAUCCAGAGCGUAGACCAGGGAGGCAUACCGGGCCCCGACCGCUCGGCGGGUCAGAUCGUCAGCUACAUUUCGACGCUCCUCAGCAUCGGCAACAUCAUCGCCUGUACAGUUCUCGGCCAGCAGCACCGACCGACGUCGCACAUCUACGCUAUAGAGGCGGUCGAGUAUCUCCUUAAACGUGCAGAAAAGCGCUGGCAGGCACAGCGCCUCGCCGUCGUCCUCAGCGUACCCAUCGCGUUCUUCAUCUGGGCCCUGCUCUCGUUCUCCGCCGCGAUCCUCUGGGUUGGCUUCUAUGCGACGUCCACGACGACCCGGAUGUCCCUGCUCGCUAUCGUCAUCUUCACCAUCUUCUUCCUCUACCUCACGAUUCAGAACGGGGAGUGGGCGGCCCCCGCGAUCACGCGCACCCUUCCGGCGGCGAUGAAGUACAAGAUGCAGAAGAUUCCCUUCGAGCGUCUGACUGAGCCUGCGCACAAAUUCUCAAAGCCGAUCCGUGCCUUCUCGAACAAGGUGCGCAGCUACACACGCCGAACGUCGUCGGACCCAGGGGACCAGCCGUACGGUAGCCAUAUGCGGCAACGUCCUCCGUCGUCCCGUAAACCCUCGCCGCCGAUGCGCAGGUUAUCGGACAUGCUUUAUUACGGCUUCCGGAGGACGUCUGAACCGGAAGAGAUCAGUGAGGUAUAA